CAGGCAGCACUUCUCAGACUUUAUCUCCCACACAGCAGUGUGAACAGAGGAAGAGGACCGAUGGACCUCAGGGGGGACAGGAACCGGGCAGUGCUUGUGUCUGUGGAACAGUUUGACCCCGGGGUAAGACUGGGCAGGAGGCCCGGAGCCGGCAAGGAUGCCAAGACACUCCACCGGACCCUCAGCAAGCUGGGCUUCAAGGUGGACAUCCACACCGACCGCAGCCGGGACGAGAUCUACGAGCUGUUUCUGAAAGAGAGCCAGAGGCCUGUGAAAGACUGUUUUCUGGCCGUCUUGUCGUCUCAUGGGGACGAGGGCUGCGUGUUUGGAGCGGAUGGGAAACCUGUCCAACUGUCUCUCGUCUUCACAUAUUUUGACAAUGAUUAUAUGGAUAAAAAGGUCAAAGUGUUUCUCAUACAGGCAUGUCGGGGAGCAGGUUUAGAUGAUGGUGUGGAGGUGGAUUCAGCUGGUGACACCAGAGAGUGCAGCUUCUCACACAAUCUCUCUGUUCCUGUGGAUACGGCUGUGAUGUACGCAACACCACCUGGAUACGGAGCCUUCAUGCACCCUCUGGGAUCAGUCUUCCUCCAGACGUUCUGCACUUUAUUAAAGCAGAAGGACAAUCGGAACCUGGAGCUGACCCGCCUGCUGACACGCCUCUCCCACACAGUGGCCUACCGCUUCCAGGCCAAAGGUGGAGCGUUUGGUGGGAAGAAGGAGAUGCCGUGCCUCCUGAGCCGACUGACCAGAGAAGUGUUUCCGUUCGCCGAGCCAGGACACUUGGCCACCGACAGAGAGUCAACACGGACUCCUUCUGUCAGUUAGACUGAGUGUGAAUGUGUGGAGAUAAGCUACAAGAUAAGCCAUGUUAUCAAAUAUAUAAACUAACAAUAAAGAAUUGAUUUAAUGACUUACGGAAUUUUUAUCCCUUUGUACUAAACAAUUACAGACCGAUCUUCAAACUGAAGAUCUUAGAAAAGAGUGUGUACAAACUGCUCUGCUUAAGGAACUAUCUUCUCCUGGCUGCUUUUGACACAGUGGAUCAUAAUACUUUAAUUUCCCAUCUAGAAGACUUGAGGUUGCCAACACCGCUCCCUAGUGGUUCAUCUCGGUAACUCAACGUCAUCUGCAGCCAC